AUGGGUGGCCUCAUGGACUGUGGAAUUUCCAGGAAGGGAUACUACACUGUAAUUGACAAGAGUCCACAUGGAUCGGAUGCGCCUUAUAUGGACGUGGAAGUAGUUUUUGUUAGUGUGUGUCUUCUCGCCAUGAACGUGACGCCCCAACAAAAGGCAACAGCCAAGAGGACAGGCAAGCGCAUCUCGUUCUUCAAUGAGCAGAGCGGCCCACAGCCCUCACAGCCCCUGGAGGUGCCUUAUUACAGCCUGGGGACUCAGGUUCAAGAACCAACCCAAAGCGAUGGAGAAACACUGCCUGGUUCUGAAGUCCCGAGGUAUCUCUCCUCUGUGAUAUUUAGCCCGGAAAAGGGGGACCGGGCUCGAGGGCACUACCAGCAGACGGUCCCUAUGAAAUGGGGGAUUCCGGAGCAAAGCAACGCUAACUGGCCUCAGGGGGGUGUCGCUGGAGUUUGGGGACAGAACUAUUCUGUCUAUAUGGGCAACAACUUGGAUAUGAACGUCCCUGGUUAUGGCAGUUCGGUUUACUCAAAACUAGGCCAAGAACCUCAACAGCAGCCCAAAAGAGGGCAGGAGAAACAGACUCAAAACCCUGUAGCUGAGCCCUACCGGGAGACUGCUCAAAGCAGGAAUGUGGAAUGGGAGCAGCAGCAGCAGCAGCAGGCCUUGGCCAGGCAGCAAGCCCAGAUUCAGGCCUUCCGUCAUGGACAGAAGCAAGGGGCGGCACCCCCACAACCAGCGGUGGUCCUGCAGCCUUUUCAGCUGGCCUUUGGGCAACAGAAGCAACAGCUGCCACCUGGUUACUUCCAGGUCUUCCAGCCCAAGAGAACUGUUUCCAACAUGGGCUUUGGUGGGCAGCCUACAACACAACAUCAGCUUCAACAGCAAGAACAAAUAAUGCAACAACAACAAUUGCAGCAACAACAGAACCAACAAAUAAUGGAAAGUUUCUACCAGAAUCACCUUCAGCAACAGCAGCUAACAUCCCAGUCUUUAGGAUCUCAGUCCCAUCAACAAGGGCCCCCAGGCCAGUUCCAACAAAGCAGCUUAAACCCUGAACUCCAGAUGUAUCUAGGAGGCUCCCAGCAGACAGAGCUGUCUGCCCACCACCACCCUCAGCCCAGAAGGUCCCGGCGGCUCUCCAAGGAGAGCGCCCCUCCACCUGCAGCCUCGCAGGGAGAGCAGCCAGGGAAUCUGUUCCUGAUCCCGUGGAGCAAGCCAGCCCCCGGUUCUCAGGCUCCCAGUACUCUCUCUGCUGCCCAAAACGGGGCUCUCGAGGCAAAAGUGGCUCCCAAGACAGAAGACGCCACAGGAACUCUCAUUGGAGUCAUCCAGAGUACAAGGAGGAAGAGAAGGGUUUCCCAGGAGGUUAAUCUGCACACUUUGGCUCAGAAAGCUUCUGAGAUGGAAUCCAUUCCCCCUCCAGCAGUAAAGGGGGCUGAGGUGAAGGCCCCAGCACAGGGAGACUCGGUCAGUGUCAAGCGUCAGCGGGAGGAGAGUCUGGUCCCGCUGGUGAUACCGGUGUCCGUGCCCGUUAGGCGAGUGGACCGGCUAUCCCCCGGCAGGGAGCAGGCAGAGGUGGAGGGAUGGAGCCAGAGAGCAGGGCCCCAGGACAGCGCACCGCUCGAACAGAAGGCCUCUGUCAUCGUCACCCGCAGGAGAUCCCUUCGCAAUUCUCUCUCGGAGAGCACAAACCAGGAUGAAGAAGGAACAAAUGAGGAGGAAGCAAAAGCAUGCGCCAAGUCAAAGCGACGUCCACGACCAGAACCCCUCUUCAUCCCCCCUCCCAAGCCAGGCAUCUUCAUACCUCCGCCUGUCUACUCCACCAUCACCCCCUACCAGAGCCACCUGCGCUCCCCUGUGCGGCUGGCUGACAACCCCUUUAGCCUGCCCCCUUACACUCCCCCGCCCAUCCUCAGCCCUGUGCGGGAGGGCUCCGGACUCUACUUCAGCACCAUCCGCUCCUCUGCCUCUUCCAACAGCCUCCCAGCCCCUACUCCUGCCACCCCCAAGUCUGUCACACGCAGCCUGCUCAGAUCCAACAGUUCCGAAAUCACUUCUCCUGUCCUUCCUGUCAUGGGUGAUGCCACCCCCGUCAGCAUAGAGCCACGGAUAAACAUAGGCCAUCGGUACCAGGCAGAAAUCCCAGAGCUGAGAGAGCGGUUGCAGGCACAGCAGGAUGAGCACAAGGCAGACCUGGUCUGGAAACCCCUGCAAGAGCUGGAGACCAAGCAAUUGCACCAGGACACCAUGAGAAGCUUGAUGAGCCUGGCCUGCUCCAGUGCGCUUUGUGGAGGAGGGACCAAUCAGGAGCUGGCUCUGCACUGUCUGCACGAGUCCAAAGGGGACAUCCUGGGAGCCCUGACGCUGCUGCUGCUAAAGAAGCCAAUUUUCCAGAAGAACCACCCUCUUGCAGACUAUCACUACGCAGGGUCAGACAGGUGGACAUCUUCAGAGAAGUGGAAUUUCAAUAAUGGAAUCUCGGCUUACAAGAAGGAUUUCUUCCUGGUGCAGAAGCUGGUGAGGACUAAGACAGUGGUACAGUGUGUGGAGUUUUACUAUACCUAUAAGAAGCAGGUGAAGAUUGGUCGGAAUGGGACACUCAUUUUUGGCGACUCGGAUGGCCUAGAUGGAAGAGACACACAGGAUGAUGCUGAAAUCAAUGUGAAGAGCUCCCAGCGAUAUGGUCCCACUUCGAGGGAAGCUCCGAGACAGGAAGAGGAAGUCAACAGCAAGCAGUGGGAGGACCCAACAAACAGCAUACAGGACUCAUCCCUUGCAAGGGCUAACGAAGUCCUGGUCUUGAGGAGUCAGGAGGUGCAGAGCGUGGAGAAGAAAAAGGAACCACCCCACAGAACGAGGCUGCCGCCUCCACCCCCCAAACCACGCUCAGACCCACCCCCCACAGACAAGAGAAAGACAGGGAUUGUCAACCAAUUGCAAGUGCAGGAACAGGACAGCAUCUUUCCCUGCAAAAAAUGUGGAAGGGUGUUCUACAAGGUGAAGAGCCGCAGCGCCCACAUGAAGAGCCACUCGGAGCAGGAGAAGAAGGCGGCUGCGUUGAGGCAGAAAAUAGCAGAGGAGGAGGAGGAGGAGAAAGCAGCGGUGGCCAGAGCAGAGGCAGCUCAAAGAAACGGCGCUCAAGAGGAUGAUGGCAGCAGCAGCAACAGCAGCAGCAUCAGCAGCAGCAGCAGCAGCAACGAGGAUUCCGAGCAGGAGGGGGAGGAUAAGGAUGAUAAAGACUGGCACUGAGGGGGAAGGUGUCACCUGUAGCCUGGGAAACAAGACAAAAAAAGCGUAGCAGUGUGUAGGGUAACCUUUUGGGAGGAAAAAAAAAAGCAACACAAAAAGACACUGGACCUAAUGUGAUUUUUCUUAUUUCCUCACAAGGGAAGCACACUCCCCACCCCCACACACAUUUUAGGGGUUAACAGACGGUCUUUCUUUAUUUAUUUGUCUAUCCCAGACCUUUUACAGUAUUUGUGCCCAGGUUUUGGGAGGGGGUAAAUAAUUUAGCCACUACCUCUUCCUUCAACCUGUUCUCUCAAAUUUUACAUUUGGUCACUAAUAUCAGAAAGCACACCACAGACUUUGCAGUUCAACCUUAAAUUUACAGCUUCAUCUGACGGUCUUUGUAACAUGCACAAAGCCUAUCAAAGACAAAUGUGUUUCCAAGCAAGGAAAGGAUUAACCCAGUCCAUGUCCAGUCCUUUGCACAGUGGUCCAACUUUGGCAUGUAGAUAUCGCCCCCUUUAUCGGAAAGAGCAGAUGCUGGUUUGAGGAUUACAACCUCAGAGGUUGGUCAGUCUUUGCCAAUGUCGUCCAUGUGGUGGUUUAUUUUUCCCAGUUGUUUCAGAAACUGGACCGAUUUUUCUGGGCAGAAAGCUUUUUUUGUUUGUUUUUUGCUUUCAUCAGAAAUUUCAUUGCAGACUUCAAAACAAAGAAAGUGAUUAAGUACUGCAAAGUGCAGUCUGUUCCCUUUUUUCACUAUCAAUGCCUUGGCUGUUUUUUAAUGCUUUUUUCUGUACAAGACAAUCAAGUCCUAAAUGAUGUUUUAUAGUCAAUACUGUUACUACUGUUCUUAUUAAUUAUUAAUAUUAUUGUUAUAAUUAUUGUAUAAAUCAAGCAAGCAGCUUUUUUUUCUAACAGGUGGCUGUUUUUGUUUGUUUUACAAAAAGGGGUCAGGGAGUAUAAUGAGAAAGAUAGGCCGUGCAAUAUAAAGGACAGUGAGUAGCCUAAUUUCACAGAACAAAAUAAAAGAACCCAAACAAGGACAACACACAAAGACACAUUCAGAAC